GACAAACAUAAAAUGACGACCCGGACCCUGGGCAGGAAGUUAAUAAAAUGAGAAUCCGAUGGCUGCUCGAGAUCUUUCAUAGCCGCGAUGAGUGUAAAAUGAAAAGUGACGAGCCGCGAAGGAAAAGUUGCGUCAGUCCCGUCAGGCAGACAGUUAGCACAGCCGAUGAUGAAAGGAUCGACGUCAUUUAGGACUAUUAUCAUAUUUGUCCGUCGGCUUUCGCCCCAUGCUUUUGGGUCUUUUGUAAGCGGCAAGAUGCACGCCAGCACGAGUAACUUGACCGACUGAGGGUGUUAAGAGUAUCAGGUCUGGGUCAUGCAGUGAAAAUCAAUGCAAAGCUAGCUAGAAACUUCGUAUACUGAAGAACAAACGGACAAAACGUUAAAGCUACUUUUCGACGACAGAAGAAUAUACCCAUCACGCCCCGGUAUGCCCAACAUUAUCUCAAAGAUCUUGCAUCGCAAGAGCAAAUCAUCCUCAUCUGCUGGGACAUCUCCUUCUCCAGCUUCGAAAUCAACCCCAAACCUUUCUCGAUCGACUCAAACCCCGUCACAGUCGCCUACUACCCCAGCCAAGUCGAGACACACCCCUCCCACCACUGUAGGCUCGCGUUCAGCACGAAACCUGGUGAAUUCACCGGGGCCAGAUGUUGCGGCCCAGAGUAAAGAUCUCCCCGAUAUACCAUCAUUUGCAGCUGUUCAGGCUAGCUCAAGAAACCAGCAACGAUUAAAUCAGUCCCCAAAUAGCAGCAGAGUUUUGCCUACCAAGUUUGCCAGCCCAGUUGGGCAAGAUGAAGAGGAUGUGGUUGUAAUCGACAAGUCUUCGGACCCUCGUUUGCCUGAAGAAACAUCUUUGGAAGAGAGGCCGCUUGAUGAGAUGGUUCGAAAGACAUCGGGUCAGAUUGGUCGCUCUCGAGAAGACGGAGGCGCUUUUGGAGGAGGUCAUCAGACUGAGUCUUUUGAUCCUCAUUCAUCUACAGAGGCUUCUUUCGAGGCCCGGGGGCCUGAAGGUCUUUCUGAAAAGUCCUUGAAUCAGACUUUGCAGCCAAUAGAGAGCGGAGGCGAUUUGAAAAGGGGCAAGACAACCAGAAGUCUUCAAGGUGCCGAGAAUACCCAAAAGAUCAGCGAAUUCCCUUCCCCUCCUGAAAGACCGGAGAACAUCUCCCGCUUGAAUGGAGGCGAGGCAAACCAGGAUCUCAGCUAUCUUGCAGACUUAGUCAGCACUGGGGAGACAACCCCCGGUUCCAUCGCGGGUGUCACCGUGCCUGUUGCGGGAGGUACUUGGGUCCAAUCGAACGACCGAACUUUGGCCACUGAAGAUAAUAUCAAUGACAAGUUUUCUACUCUCUCUACUAAUUCUCGACAUCCACAAGGUCAUCCAGAGUAUGAUUUCCCUCGGGCCCCUUCAGCUGCUGGAUCCUCUACCGGAACUUCGACGUAUGCUACAGCCUUCUCGACACCUAUGGCUGAUGCCGCCUCACUAGCCCCUAGUGAUACUACUGCCCGAGCUGUGGAGGGUGCGUCUCUUGAGAGAGGUAUUACGCCUACUGGAGUAGAUGCAGCUCCAAAUGCUAUCACCGCAAAUCCCGCAACGGGUGCUCUUGCUAGAAACGUGACUUCCGCGACUUCAACUUCCGUCCCAACCACGACCACCUCGGCAACUCCGGCCGACAACGCAAUCACAACAGCAAGUAAACAAGAGAGAGAAGGAAGAAGUCUCGAUGUCCUGGAGCAGCACCGUGCUGAAUUGAAUGAUAAGAUUGAGGCGGGAUGUUCGGCAAGAGCUAAGGAGAGUCAGCCUUUGACUGAAGAGGGUUACGAGGUGUUUGUAAAGGCUGGAAUGAAGGAUCUUGUGGGUAAGGCGGACACAAUUGAAACGAAUACGAGAUGGUUGGAGCCUGUCGUCAAAGAGCACAUCCGACCUCAGGUGCAUACCGAGUAUGCUACUAAUAUAGAUCGAGAGAUCCAUGUUUACCACGAGUACCCUAGAAUUCUCCCAGUCGAAGAUCCUAAUCCCACUACCCAGCCCACCAAACACCGUAUAUUCUCCGCCGUGGAUAAUAAAUGGCACGAAGUCGACGAGGCCACUGCCCGCGAAGUCUUGGGUGACGAUGUCUUUGAAAACGGGCCAAAGGAAGUCAGGGAGAAACGAUUUUCGCUCUUACCCGGCUUGGGAGAGAUGAGAAAGGAGGAUCAAGAUAAAUGGAGGCUUGUCAAUGGCAAAUGGGUUGAGAUCGCUGAUGUCAGAGAGCCUUAUAAUGGUCGGCUGGGAGGUGAGCAAGAAGAUGAGGAUGGAUUCCUGUGGGGUCAAGGAAAUGGAAAAGUUUGGGAAAGAGAGUAUACAGUGGGAGAGACUGUGAGCGAUUGGAAAGAAGUUGCAAAGGAGAAAUUAGGUUUGGGACACAAGAAUACUGAAAGCACGAAGAAAAUCCAGACUGACCAGGUGCCCAGGAGUGCGAGCCAGUCAGUUGGUGUAGCUUUGUGAAGGGCAUAAUUUGAAUUUGUUGUCAUAGCUCUAAGGGAAGAAAUCUAUAAUAAGUGUUAGCAGAUGCUUGUGAAUAAAUAUCCUUGUAACGUACCAAAAUUAGCAUGGAUAUGUGGUAUAAUCCAUGUAUUAUUUUGAGGGCAAUCUUAUCAGGAAGGAACUGAUAGUUGUUGGAGUUAGCGAGAACGUGUGAACAACAGGGUGCCUAGGUGGAUGUGUGGUCGCAGCAGGAAGGACAGAUCAGGGACGUGAAGGGACGUUGUGGUUC